AUGUCAUCUCAAAGCUCAUUAGUGCUAUUGAAUAGAGUUCUUAACUUGAAGGAUGGUAUACCUUUCGUGUUAGUGAUUGAUACUUUGGUACAAUCAUCAAAUUAUCUUAUAGAAGAGUUUGUUUCCAAAUACUCAGGGGAUGUUGUAUACUUGUCAUUUGAAACUGUUAACAAACCUCAUUAUGCAUCAGAAUUUAUUGAUUGUAUGGACCUCACUCCCAAAGAGAUCAUUUCCAAAGUUAAAGAAGUAGUCAAGACUCCAGAAACUAUCACAGCAUUGACUAAGAAAACUUUAAUCGUGGUGGAUUCAUUAAAUUAUAUUGUUCCUGAAGAAUUAACUACCUUUGUAUCUUCCAUCAUACUGCCAUCUAUUAUCUUAUUGGCAGUGUAUCAUAAUGAUGUUGCUAAGAAAUCCACAACUAAUGGAAAUUUCCCUUCAGCGUUAAGACUUUUGCAUUAUGUGGCCAGUUCAAUCUUUGAAAUCGAACCAUAUUUCACACAAAUCGACCAAGAAGAAUUCGAUAAUAAUAUUAACAAGUUGAAGUUCCCAAUUCACAAAGAGAUCAAUUCCCCCAUCUUCAAAUUGGAAUUCACUAAUAGAAGAAAGUCUGGUAGAGCAUUGAGUUAUAAGUUUAUCAUUAAUUCGUCUACACAUGUUUAUGAGAUUGUCAAGGAAAGUGAGGAAGCAGCAUUUGUUGAAGAUGAAAGUUUAUUGAAAGAUUUAACCACUUUCAAUUUAACUACAAAUUCGAAACAAAAGGUUGCCAAAGAACAAGUGGAAUUACCAUUUAUGGCAGCUCAAGAUGAACUCGGAUCAUAUUCUGGUGCUAUUGUUUAUGAAUUCGAGAAAGAUGAUGAUUAUGAUGAAGAAGAUCCCUAUGAAGAUCCUUUCUAA